UCGCUCCUAGGGAAGUCGCUCGCGUCCUCGAGAGCACCUGAAAGGAUCUCAGCGAAGCGGAAGGCUCUGGUGCCAGCGGGGAGAGUCGGCGCCGGAUUUCCUCAGCUUCUUGGCGCGUUUCCUCGGAGCCGGGGGAGGCAGAGCACGGACCCCGGAGUCGGCGCCCAAAGCGGCACGGCCUCGCGAGGGGCGGGAGUGCGGGGAGGUGGGUGUGCGGUCGGCGCGCUCGCCCUCCAGUUGCAGCCCGUGCCGAGCGCGCACGGCAAGCGAGCGCCGGCGCCUCCAGCAUGGAGUGGGAACUCAACUUGCUGCUCUACCUGGCGCUCUUCUUCUUCCUGCUCUUCUUACUUUUCCUCCUGCUCUUCGUGGUCAUCAAGCAACUGAAGAACUCCGUGGCCAACACAGCCGGGGCGCUCCAGCCCGGGCGCCUCUCGGUGCACCGUGAGCCUUGGGGCUUCUCCCGAGAGCAAGCGGUGUGACCUGAGUGCGGGCACUGGCGGGAGGGCACCGAACUGCGCGGGCCCUGGGCUGGGUCUCCGCCUCAAUUCUGCGUCUUCGUGGCCUCCCAGUUUCCAGAGCCGAGCUGCUGCCCUUGACUAGUGCAUAGAGGACCACAGCUGCAAUGACAGUUUGGGCCUGCAAAAAGAAGGCUGGAACAACGGGAGAUGGAAGCUUUCUGCAAAUGCACCACCACUGGUAUCCAUGAGUUUAACCUGCCCAUCAUUCUUCCUAGACAGGAGACUAUUGAAAAGUCAGGGUGUUUAAAAUGGCUUCAGAUCUUAUCAAGACAAUCUUGGUUGUUGCAUUAGUUUCCAAACUUGGCACAGCUGUAGAUGCAGAACUGAUGCCAUCUGGUGUGAUUCUACAGAAUAAGAGAGAAAAUUUACCCAGAGUGUGCCAUGCACUGGCUUUUCUGGGAAUGGCAAGGUGCCAGGAUUUGUUUUUGGUUCGCUUGCAGGGGUGGAAACUUGGAACUAGGUUCCAAGAUGGUCCCUGCAGCUGCCCACAAGAAGGAGGAGGAAGCCCACAGAGAAAACGGGGCAUGCCAGUUCGAAUCCACUUGCUUUUUAAGAGCUUCCUCAGCAGGCCAAUAGCUUUUGCCUUCAUCUCAUUGGCCAGAACUGUGUCAUUGGCUACUGCUAUCGGCAAGAUUGUCUGAGAAAUGUAGUUUUCGUAGCUGGAUAUAUAACUGCCUUUGACAAAAAUCCAUUUUCUCUUGAUGAGGAAGAAGAUGGUGGUGGAUCUUGGGAGGACAACUAACAUUUUAUGCCCUGGCUACAAAAUACAGUUGCAGAGGAGCAUAAAGUUCAAAAAGAUCAAAACUCUAGUUCCUUCACAACUGUCAAAGCUCCAAGCAGCACUGCUCCCCUCUGACAGAGUGAGCAGAGUGAAGGCAUGUCAGGUGUUCUCACAAAACUCUUGACAGGACUGACCUCUCUUAGCCAAUAUCCUUGUCCCACAUCAGGAUUUUCUAGAGGGCCCUGGGUACCUGCGCACUUCCUUGGUGGCCAUAACCUCUUUAUGGAGGGUUGGUGUAGGAUAAAGAAUGUUCUACCACGCUGCUCCCUCAUCUGCAUCAUUUCUCUCCUCUCUAAUUAUCCUGUCAGUUAUAUUUUGGUGGAGUCUGGGUUUGUGUAUUUGAUUCCUAUAAAAAGACCGUUGCUUUCAUGCAUGGAGGAGGGGAAUCUAUGCAGAGAAAGGCUACCUUACUCCUUUCUGUGACUCCACCACCGGUCUAGGAAUAUCCUGGGAGAAGAAUUGCCUCUCAAAGCUGCUUCUAUAAGCAGCCUACAUCCUAGCUAAGCAAAGAAGAAACACUUCCCACAUCCAGGGCUGUCUAAAAGAACUUUCUGUGAUGACAGAAAUGUUCUAUAUCUGCAGUGUCCAAUAUGCUAACCAUUUAGACACAUGGGGCUAGUGAACACUUGAAAUGUGGCUAGUGUGACUGAGGAAGGAAAAUUUAAAUUUUGUUUAAUUGUAAUUAAUUUAAAUUAAAAUAGCCAAAUGGGGCUACUAGCUUUUGUGUUAGAUAGCACAGUAUACUUUAUUCUCUUUCUUGCGUUGUAGAACCAGCUGGGAGAGGUGUGGGUCAGUCAUGGGCUUGAUGUCCCAUGGUCUUCACUAUUCUAGCUUGCCAUUGAACUUGUCUCCCAGAGGAAAAGAAAGAAUGGUAUUUGGAAUUAAAUUCAAGAUGUUAACUUGACAUCUAUAUAUUGCACAUAUUCCUGUGUAGUGCAUGGAAUGGUCUCCUGGGAGUACCUGUGAUUGAUUUGAGUGAUAACUGAUCUUGAAGAAAUGGCAGUACGGCUCCACUUCACCUUCCUAGUGACUAUCAUGUGUUCCCAGUCAGAGUGACUCAGCAGAGAUUAUUUUGUUCUCUUGUGCAGUUUAUUCUGUGUCAUUUUAUUUUUGUAAUAUUGUGGCAGCUAAAUGAUUAUUCUGUGUAUGUUUUUCAAAAUAUUAGGUGGCUUAUAUUUUUAAAAAGGCUAUGAAAUAAAAAUAAACUAUAUGUAACACA